CUUGGAAGAGUGACUUCAAGGGGGAUCCAGUCACGUCUUUCCUUCCCUUUUAUUUAUUUAUUUUUUUAUAUAGGCGAGAAGAUUGGAUCCCGGGCAGACGCGUUUGAAUCUAUCUAUUUAGCAUUUUUAAUUAAUUUCCCCCAUCGUUUUUGGACCAUAAAAAGAAACAGAGAUGAGUAUCGAGACGCUUUUGGAGGCGGCGAAGUUUUUGGAAUUGCAAGCCCUGCAACAACAGAAAGCACGUGAAGAGAAUGAACUUCAGGAAAGGCGGCGUCGUGAGCAGGAGACGGAGAAGCGGAGAGCAGAAGUGAACUCUCAUACUCAGCUCGUUCGAAUUAACCAUGUGACCUGGGUGGAGGAGUCUGGACCUGAGCACCGCCACAUACCUGCCCCGGCCCAGCCUCCUCCCCCACCCCCCACCAUGCCCAUCACGGUCAUCCCCAUUCCGGUGGUGUCCUCCACUCCUGCCGCCCUGCCCCCUCCCCCCACCACAGCUCUCAGCCCGUCAGCAGCACCCCGCCUUACGCCACCCAGAAAAGACACCCAUUCACUGCCAAACCAGCAGGCACUGCACCAGUGCCCCCUCAUCUCGUCUCAGUUGAAGGCAGAGCCCACGUCACUGUCUCAAUCCAAUGGCACCAAACCAGCCCAGCAGCUCCAGACCUACCCAGGCUCCAUCGUCACAGCUUCCCAGCAUGCACUUCUCCCUCAGCCUGGACCUCCUUCAGCCCAACCCAGCCCUGCGGCCAGAGGCAGCCCGCCCGAUGACCACCGUAAUUUGGACGGCAAGAAGAGACCUGGAGGGGCAGGAACGAGAGAAGUGCACAAUAAGCUUGAAAAAAAUAGACGUGCUCACUUAAAGGAGUGUUUUGAGACCCUGAAGAAAACCAUCCCUCAUGUUGACGAAAAGAAGACCUCCAAUCUGAGCGUUCUAAGAAGUGCUUUGAGAUACAUUCAGACUCUGAAGAGGAAGGAGAAGGACUAUGAGCAUGAGAUGGAGCGUUUGGCGCGGGAGAAGAUCGCCUUGCAGCAGAGACUUGCCGAGCUCAAGAAUGAGCUGAGUCAGCAAUUGGACAUGAUGGAGAUCGACCGCAUUCUUCGACAGACUGUCCAGCCAGAUGAUGACCAGGCCUCUACUUCCACUGCCUCGGAAGGUGAAGACAACAUUGAUGAAGAUAUCGAAGACGAGAUCUUAUCCGCCAUGCCCAGCGCCUUACCCAAAGUGCCUGCUGCACUUCAGCCAGACUUAAAGAAGUCCCAUCCUGUGUCAUCCCUCAUAACACAGCACAUGCCCAUCCCACACAAACUGUCUAAGGCUUUACCCCCCAUUCCCUCAGCUCAACUAUCCCCUGUCGCUGCCGCAGCCCCGAUCACAGCACCCGCUUUGACCUCAACCACAGCACAUGCUCCUAACAGCAUAGCAUCCGCUCCUGCCACCCAGGUGGUGACCCUGCAGACACUACCUCCAGCCCAGACCCAUAUAGUGACCACGGCCAGCCUGCAGCCUUCCGUCAUCGCCCAUGCGGGAUCGGCGUCACACCCCUCAGUCAUCCAAACCGUCAACCGGGUGAUCCAGCCGGGUUCCAAGCAUGUGGCCCACAUCGCCCCUCCCUCCUCGAGCUCGGUGCAGCUGGCCCCCGGACCUCAAUCCAUAAGCCACAUCACUGUCGCACAUCUUCCGGCAAUAUACUCUCAGCCUGUCACAGUCACACAGCCGGCCGUCAUGAGCCACAUCGCGCAAACGCUCUCUCACGGCCAGAUGAAUGGCACUUCGGCGACCAGCGCACAAGCCACCGUGGUGGGCAAGCAGACGCCAGUGAGCGCUCAGAUGGUUACCCGUCACCCUCAACUGGUGGGCCAGACCGUCCUCAACCCUGUCACCAUGGUGACCAUGCCCUCCUUCCCAGUCAGCACGCUAAAGCUGGCCUGAAGCGCUGACAUACACACCCACAGAGUAUUGACACUUAUAGACUGGCCCACCUUGUCCGCCCCGUUUGAGACUGCAGCCACAUGCAGCAUUGCACUCAAACAAACUAUAAAGCUAAAGGACACAGUACAUUCCAAAUGAAAAGAAAGCAUAUAAAGACUCAAAAAGAAAUUUAUUGAAUGUCUAAUACUAUAUAAUGAUAUAUAAUAAAAGAGAUGUUUUAUCUUAAUGUGUGGGAAAAGGCAAAGUCUAGAGUGCUUGUGUGCUGCUCUAGUGUAUUUAAGGCUCUAGUGAAGUGUAUUAUGAUGAAACUGUGGUGCGAUCCCAGCCUAGAUUGACUCUCAGCCAGCCUAAUAUGUGUGACUACUAGUUUAAAUGACUUUGUGAACAGGCAGCCCCCAUAAUACCUCACACUAAGUCCUCAACUAACAGGACACCUCAUGUGAAGACUCUUCUCAGCUCCGCUAGACCAGGUUUAAUGUACUGUGUUGUGACUGUCGUAAUUCCUGAACUAGUUCUUGAAGUCCCUACAGUCCUUAAAGAGAUAGUUUAUGUCAUUACAACCUGUAUGACUUUCUUUCUUCUGCAAAACACGAACAUGAAGAACUGUUUUUGUCAGUACAAUAGAAGUCAGUGGGGGUCAAAACAACACAGACCCUGGACAAAAACACUUCAAAAUAGAUUUAUUUUUGUGUUCUGCAGAAUAAAGAAAGUCAUAAAAGUUUGGAACAACUUAAUGAGUAAAUAAUGACAGAAUUGUCUCUUUUUUUGUUGUUGUUGAACUGUCGAUUUAAAAUCAAUUUUACAGGUCAGUUUGGCGUUACCACUAUAGUUGAUGCAAGAGCGUCAUCAUUACACUGGAGAAAUGAUUUUCUUAACAUUUAUAAAUUCUUAAAGCAAGAUACAUUCAAUUAAGAAGGAAGAUGAAUUAAGAUAUUAAAAAUUAAGUGAGUUUAUGCUUUAAACAAAACAAAAAAAUCUGUAGGAGUAAGAAAAAUAAUCUUUUCCAUUUUAAUGAAGUUGAUUGUUCUUUCCCUACUGAAGCAUAAACUCAAUAAAUUUUGAUAUUUUUAUUCAGAAAACAAGACUUAAUAUCUCAAGUCAUUUUGUUUUGCAAGUGUAUAAGUGUCUGUUGAUUUAAAAAUGUUAGGUUUUACUGGAAAUCAAGACAGAAAUACGGAGUAAGAAAAUCAUUUUUGCAGUGUACAAUAGUGAAUCAUGUAGUUGACAUACAUUUAGACACCAGGAGCGUAUGUGAGAUGUUUCCAUAAGAAAUACAGAGUUUUUGCAGAGUUUACAUGAUUUAUCCGUAGUGCUCUAGCUGGUAUAGACACUAUUGUUGUGUGACUGUCACAUGAGUCAUUGGGAAUCUGACAGCAGUGCCUUUUAACGUCAAUCUGGAGUCCUGUUCAAUGCUGCCCCCUAUUGUUCUCCUGCUGCAACUGCACUCUAUAAGUUAUUCACUAACAAAGCCACCUACUUACAUCCAGCUCAGAGGUGUAUGAAUUCAGCUCCACUGAGGAGAACCAUCUUAAACAGCCAUUAGUUUGCAACAGCGCAAACUUUGUUCUGGAUGUCAUUGUGAAUGUAUUCCAACACAUUCAAUGCCUUCAUCUUGCCACUGGUGAUAAAUGUUGGUUAUUAUAUGUGCAGGAAAUAACUGCAUGGUUAUUUCUUCAAGUAGCAGAGUGUUAAAUUUACAUGCAUCUGUGUGUGUGUCAAGUGAAUGUGUUUCUCAGAGGCUUUGUGCUAGUGUUUUUGUGACCAAUAAUGUUGCAGUUGAAAGGUGGAUGGAUGUCACCUUGUGUUCCUUAAAUGAACAUAUUUUAGGCUUCAGGAAAGUUGUAAGAGUCAGAGAGAUGCUGAAGGAUUCAUGGACUGGAGAAAGUCUGUAUUGAGCCGCACUGACCGCUACAAAUUUCUGCAGGUAAAGCACAGCCUGUAUGUACAAAGAGAUUUGAUUUAAAACUAACACUGUGAUCCCUGUCGGUUGUUCCAGCAAGAGCAAGCCAUGUUUACCAAUCACAUAGUGUUAUGUUGCGCAAGAGUCCCUGCAUUUGUUUUGCUUUUGUAAGCAUUUGAGAGAGAACACAUUGAACUUUUUUUAUUUUGGUUGUCAGGUUUUACCUUUGUGUAUUCGCACUCUGUAGCAUGUACACAUUCUUAGACUAAUUGAUGUGGCUGUUUUUGCAUGUAGAUGGAUGUUUCUUGUCUCAGUGCUAAUUUAUAUAUAUAAAAUGUGUGUGUUAUUUUCAAUUUCUGGGACCAUGUACAGUUAUAUAUAUGUUGGGGCAACUUUUCAGACCUCUUUCCACACUGAUAUUAUAUAUAUAUAUAUCCGUAUAUAUAGUGUGUUUUCCCUAUGGAGAAAGUUCAAGUUGUAUAUAGCCUGUAAAUUUGGGGCUGCAUAUAGAUCUAACUGUCCAUUAUGUUAUAAGAGAAGCAAAAAUGAAUUAAAAAUGUUCAAUAAAAAAUACUUCUUGAUAUAUUUA